CCUUGCAGUAUGUGCGCAGAAAGGAAGGGAGGCGGGGAAUUAGUUCUGGAAAAGUGCGCAAUUUACCGUCCUGCCCAAGCCAAGUCCCACCCAACCCAACCAAUCCUCAUUCACACCCUGCACAGCUCUGCUUCAAAACUAUCCAGGUAGCAGCAAAGGACAGGACGCCCAAGAAUUUCUCGCGACAUGGAGCAGUUCAAGAUAUCCACGCUUUCUAAGCAAUUCCCCAACCAGCUAGCCCAGGGCACGGAAGGAAAGGUGAUUCUCGCGGGGCAGGGGGAUGACUGGUUCCUGGAAAAUCUUUUUACCACCGAAGGUGGCGACAACCGAGCUAUCAUCGCUCCCCGGCUGGGAAUGCUCCAGGCACUGGCCGGGCUCGCCCCCGUGUUCAAGCCUGGCUGCGGCGAUCUCAGCGGCGAGGUUCGGCUGUCGCUCGAGGGCGAACGUUUUCCCUGGAGGUUCGACAACGAAGACUCCAGCGGCUUCACUAUUACGGCUCGCGAACAAAGCAUCUCGGACGGUGUGGUCCUGCCCGCCGGCGGGAAGAUCUUCCUCGUUUGGGAAGCCACCGAAGUGAAGUGGGUGUGGAGCGGCGGCAUCGUUCCUGCAGUUCCCAGCAACGCCCGCUGGGUUUUACAAAAGGUUGAGCCUGUGAACGAUGCCCUGGAGCAGGUGAAGAUAUCUCUCUUCACGAAGGAGUUCGCCCUACCCCGGGAACGGUUUGUGGCCCAGGCCGACCGGAGCGUGGUCCUUACCGCAGAGGGCGACAAAUGGUUUCUCAGGUCGUCCUCCAAAGAAGAUGACUCCGUCAAGUCCAAGACCAGUGCAAUUCUCGCCCCUAGCCUCGGCCCCCUCCAGGUGCUGGCCCAGCUGGCCCCAAUCUUCGCCCCGAAGACAAAGAACGAGUCCUCUCCCGCCUCUAAGUCUGGCGGCCACGGAGAACAGCAUGUACCGUCCUGUGACGACAUGGUGGAUCAGAGGGGAGAGCUCGGGCUCAACGUCGCCACGAACGGAAAUGAUUUUCCGUGGACUUUUGAGGAGAGGGCCGACGGUGGCGUCACCAUCACGGCCACCGCCCCCCCCGAGCUAUCUUUCCCCGCAGGGGGCAGGGUGUACCUGGUCUGGGAGCUUCCGAACAAGGUGAAGUGGCAAUUCUCCGGGGGGCUCGUGGCGGAAGUACCCCCCGGCGCUCUGUGGGCUGUCUCGCCUGUUGAUGGAGGAGGAGGAGGAGGAGGUGGAGGGAACGAGGGCACCUGUGGUGCUGUGGAGCACGUGGCUGCCGCCGCUGGUGCGUCUACGACGAUCGCGGAUACCUCGAGUGGUUCGGACCCUUAAAUUUGGAGAUGACAAUAUCGAGAAACACGGAAGAAGAGUGGACUAUUUUUUCGCGAUAUGGCCUCGUUUGAUUUCCUGUUUGUUAUCGACUUGCACGAGAUUUUGGGGAAAACUUAAACACAUUACUGUAGCGACUGUAGCGUGGGGAGAAAGCUAAGCUACCUACUGUAGUGGGACGUACUCGUUGGUGUUGUGCGUCGAUCAUGCUUGUCGCGGAGCAAACGAGGAACAUUCAUGUGUCGCGACGAUCGUAUGGUAAUGGAGUCAUUCCGCUUUUCAAGUUCGCGAUUACUUUUCUUUUGAACUUAAUACCUGCGGUGAGAAUCAAAGAGAGGUAAUGAAUUUCGACGUUCCUCUAACGAGAGGCAGAUCUAUUUGGAUGUUCUCUCGAGUACGAGUAUUCUGAGAAGACUUCUGUGGUUUCCCCCAGAGCUUUCGGACGUUUGUGGUGAAGGUAGCUCAAUGCACGCCUGGCUGCAUGAGAGACUUGAUUUCAUGGGUGAAGGGACUGCUACAACCGGGUAGUCUAUUCGGUCUUCGAGUGUAGUGAGUUGGCGCAGGCGAAUCUGAUGAUGGGACGUAUGCAUAGUGAAUAGACCUACGAGAGAUACAUAAAUAAGCAUCCUUGAAAGUUCAGAAUCGGCGUGCGUUCAACGUGGUGUAUAUUGGGCAGUGUGGAGCAACUAUCCGACCACCUACUAGUGAGGCAGGUGACGGACGUUGGGAGUAUUCCUCCCUUACAUUCAUUCCAACUCGCCUUGAUUUGGUUUGCGUGCGUCGCCUGCUGGCGCGGUGACAACUGCACAGCAUGGGAAACACGCCCAGACAGGCAUUACCAAUAUAACCAAUUUCAACUGCGUAGACCGUGUUGUCAGUCUAAUUUACAUCCGUCGUGUUUCACUAGAAACUGCUGUUACUUUGGCAUGAAGUUCUUUUUCCGGAUACUUUUUCCACGUGUACAUGAAAAUCCAUUGUAUUGUGCGACAUACACUUUCAGACUAUAUUUCCCCGAAUCCGACGCCUUGAAUUGAUCGAUGGAAAGUAGACAGCCGCACAACAAUAUAGAAUUGGCCGCGAUGGUGGGAAUGACAAUUCUUCAACAGCACCAUGCGCGCGUGGUGGCACGGACCAACGGACAAAUAGUCCAAUUA